UAAGGAGAGCAUGAAACUCUCAGAUGUCAAGGAAAUGAGGACUCCUUAGAGACCUUGACAAGAGCCAUUCCACUGGGUGGGAACCACAUCCUCAAAAGUUAGGAUAAAUGCGUAAAAAAGAGUUGACUAAAACUACAAUGGCGUCCGAUGGAGCCUUAGAUCUCCAGGGCAUAAUCAAAAAACUUGAAGAAGAGCAACUGAAAUCUGCACAGCUUGGUUUGCAGCUGGUGGAAAGCCAAAGCAGGCUUCAGAGAGAAUUACAUAGAUGUCAGGACGAGAUGACAGCCAUGACGGAGAAUUAUGAGCAAGAAAAGCUGAAUCUUCUAAAAGAAGUUGAGCUCAAAAAACAAAUGAUUAAAGCUUUGAGGUCUGAACUGGACAUUAUGAAACAAGAUAUAAUGAACCUGGAGAAAUUAUAA